UUCAUCUUGUCUCAUAGAGUCUUAGAAGUGGGCGGGGGGGGUGCUUUUUAGAAAUUAUUCAGCUGAAACUCUUUGGGUUACAAAUGAUGAGGAAACUAAGAGGACCAGAGUGGCGAUUCAGUUCAACACACAGUUACCGAGUAUCCCUCUGAGCUAUCCAUAUGCCUGACACUAUGGAGAUACAGAAGCAAGAAAGGGCCUGAUUUCUUUCCCACGAGUUUACCAUCUAGUUGGGAAGACCUGAUACACACCUAAGCGUCAAAUAACAAAACAAGGUAGUACAUGAUGGAGCACCCAAAUGAGUGGUACCGGGAGUUAGUGCCGAAGGAGGUUACGUUCAGGAAGGGUUCACCCGAGGUUCACCCGAGGUAGAGUUGUACAGGAAGGUUCACGCAGGUGGUGAUGCACAAGCUCAUAGGACCAAGAGGAGAUCUGAAGGGUGGUAAUAGUUGAGGGAGAGCCCUUAGGGAAGAGAAAGAAAAACAGAAGGAAAGUUGAAGAGAGCAAAACCUGUCCAGGAGAUGAAAAGGAGCCUUGUCUAUUAGAAUAGUCACAGAGUGACUGUCAGCCCAUAAGGUAACUAUCAGUAAACAGGGAAGCAGUGUGGCAGGAAGAGAACAAUAGCUUUGGAAGCAGACCUCCCUCAUUUUCAAUCCUGGGCCUGUCACUUAACACAUCUGUGACUUUAACCUCUCCAAGCCUCAGUUUCCUUUUCUAUAAAUGGAGAUAAUAACAUGGAACACACAAUAUUGUUUUGCAUAUAGCAUUACACAUAAAGCACAAGGCCUUGGCACACAGAAGGCACUUUUUAAAUGAAAGCUAAUAUCCGUAACCAAGUACCUAGCACCGUGCCAAGCGCAUAUUACAUGUUCACUAAAUGGUGGUUAGCAGUAUUCCUUUCUUCCUGCAACUGUGGUACAGCCCUGUGCUGACCUGACUCUUAAGUAAGGUGGCGUGUAUUCUCCUGGCUGACUUUAGGAGAGCAGUAAGUGAUACACUCAAGGCAACUGGCCCUAGAAUGUCAAGGGCUAUGUUUAAUACCCCCAUACCACACUAGGCAUUUUAACAUUUUAUCAUGCCAUAUUGAAUAUAUAAAAUGUAUGCUCCUCAUUCAAUAUCAUUCUUGCAGAUGUGUACCUGAAAUGAUUUUUAAAGUUUUACUUCUGAAAUUGUUUGACUCCAAGUAAUUUGGGAUUGGCACUGCUCCUUCUGCAAUUGUGGUAUUGAGAAUUCCCAUAAAAGGAGAAAAAAAAUCUAACCUAAGAUUGUUUUCCAACAUAAUAAACUUCUUAUGGGUGCCAAAUUCCAAAAUAAGUGAAAUCAACUUACCUGCUACCACCACGUGACGGUGGUAGCACGUAAGUAAAUAUUUUAAAUUUGAUUUUAUAGUUGACUUUUCCUAUAUUGGAGCCAAUAUUUUUUUUUCCUAGUCUCAAAUAUUGUAGGCCUUUGAAAACCUCCGAGACCCUAGUCACUGGGCCUCUAGUACUUAAUGCAUAAAACAGCCUUGAGACUGUAGCAGUUGGGAAGACAUGUGAUGAAUAACUAGGAUCAAAUACACAAUCAAAGGAACCCCUUCUUCAGGCCUCCCUGAGUGGGGCUGGCCAGCUGCAGGGUCAGCACCUACUUGAGGAAAAGCAUGUUUGCAACUUAACUGGAUUCAGAGCUUGCAAAGUCUGUGGUCAGUCAUCUUGGUCGGCACAAAAUGUUCGUGCCAACCCUUGGUUCCUGCUGCCAUCCCUACCCUCGUGCACAAAAGCCCAGAGGCUUGGGUCUGCAACUGUAAAUGAAUAAUCACAUGGUAAUCCUUCCAUCCCAAUGGGAAAGACUCAGCUGAGGGCCUGCAAAAGAGAAAUGACUUCCUGAAUAAAUAAAUAUAUAUAUUUGCUCUCUGAGGCCCAAGUCAACUGCUUGCUGGAUAAUGUUCUCCUGGGUUGAAAAAUCAAUGUUUUGUUAGCUUUGUGGGGAGGAGUGCAGGAAGGGAUUCCCCACUAUGAAAACGGUGAGCUCUGUUGAUGAACCUGGCUCCACCUUGGAGACAGAAAGGCAAACAUCUCAGAAGUUUCCCAUCUGGCAAUGCAGAUCAUAGGAGCCUAAGUGAUUUUUGUCACUUUGCAGAGCAUUUUAUCUCAAAGGCAGUGAAGUCACAUGGAGGUCAAGAUGCUGGGUAGGGCUCAACACACCAGCAAAAACCUGAGGGGCUAUAGCCAAAGCAAGAUCCCUCACUUGAGUCAUUUGCUUCCGCCCUUGAUAAUUGCUGCAAUACUGCCAGUAUAAUAAUUUACUAAAUAUGUAUGUAUGCAUUUAGUUCAAAUAGUUCUUUGAAAAUGAAACCAUGUAACAUCAUAUUUCAAAGAAUACUAGGGUCACUUAAUAAAUAGAAGUAAAAAUAAAUAUAAUUAAUGCCAUCCAAUUUUUAAAAAUUCUAUCCAGAUAUUGCUUUCAGCUGAAGACUCAGCCUGGGGUCUGUUGUCUGUACUGAAAAGUGGGGAGAAACAAAGGCUUACCUUCUUGCUCUAAUAGGAGACCUUCUUCUAAAUGUCAUCAGAAGGAUUAGAAGAGAAUUACCAAAGGCAAUGUUCAUGUUUCAUUUAAACCACAAACAGACACACUCACUGCGCUCUGUUUCUACGGGAAACACUUCCUCCUUCCCUUUUCAGCCUGGCACUAGACCAAAGGGAUGGGCUGAAAGUCAAGAAGCUCUGGCCCCAGCUCUGCCACUCACUUGGUGGCCUUCGGAAGGGCAGUUGCUCUUUCAGGCCCUCCAGCCCUUUCAUCUGUAAAAUAGAGUUGAUUGAUCUUGAAAAACUCUUCUGCUCUGAUUCUUUAUCAUUCCAAGACUUUCUCCAAUAGAGCAAUAUGUCAGCCACAGAAAGAACCCAACUCACCAUACCGCUUUGCUGGCUAGAGAAGUGAGAGUGACUUUUUCUAGCUUCAGAGAGAAAUUGGACCACAGAACAGAGAGGAAUUAGCCUGACUCCACAAUCUUAAUACUGACUUUCAGGAAUGACUGAGCUAGCCUGGGAGAGUGAGGUAUGGACGCUUGGCCUACUUUUCUUCCAAGAUUAGUUUCCUUUUGUGGUCUGACUUCUCAGAGUUUCAAACAAGAAACAUGGGAGUGUGGAAAGAACAGGGGUUUUGGAAGCCAAGAAGCAUUGAUUCAGAUCCUGUGUUUGACACUCCCUAACUGUGUGAUGAUGGGCAAUUUUCUUAACUUUUCUGAGUCUCAGUUUGCUCAUAUAUUAAAAAAAAAGAAAAAGAAAAGAAAGAAAGAAAGAAAUCAUACCCCAUAAAACUCUUAUGAGGGAAAAACAGUAUAAGUGUUUAUUGGGGGCAUAAAAAUGUACAUUAUCUGCUGGGACUGAACAAUAAACAGCCAGUAGUGUUCUUAAAUAUCUGAAGCUAUAGGAGCCCUGAAACAAUUGACUUACAGUAUGAGAUUCUUAGAAGGGCUAGCAGGGCACCACCCAUGGUGACCCAGUCACAUACCUCCCACUUCUCCUGUGCCACUGUGCCCCUUGGGAGAGAUGGCACCAGCCAGAGCAGGAUUCUGCCCUCGGAUGCUCUUGCUGCUGGGGCUGUGGAUGGCCAAGGACCCAGUCGGUGCCAAGCCCAGAAACAUGACCUCAGCCCAGUGGUUUGAAACUCAGCACGUGCAGCCCAGGCCUCAGGGAUGCAAUGCUGCGAUGGACAUCAGCAAGUACUCCAAAAGCUGCAAAGGCCUCAACACCUUCCUGCAUGAAUCCUUCUCCAGCAUGGAGACUCCCGUCAUAACCUGCAAGAACGGCCGUAAAAACUGCCAUCAGAGCCAGAAGGCUGUAUGCCUGACCACGUAUAAGCUCAUCUCAGGGAGGUGCUCAGACUGCAGGUACAAGGAGAAGCAACUGGAUGCAUUCUUCAUCAUGGCCUGUGAUCCUCCACAACAGAAGGAUCCUAAGGUACCAGCUGGUCCUGUGCUUUUGGAUAAAGUUGUCUAAGGCCAGGUGUUCCCCUACCCCAAGCUCUGCAGACUCCCGAUGCUACAGCUGCAUUUCCUCCCUUGAGUUCUUCACUAAUCCUUACCCUUUUUGCAAAUACCACUUCUCUCCCACGCAGCCAACUCCACAUACUCUUAAUUC